AUGUCAGAGGACAAAACACUGGGCCUGUUGCCCGAUACCCUGGUUCAUCCUAGACACCUCACGAUCGGAGAUCCUCCUUUAGUUCUGCUGGCGCAGAACUUCGCUCAGGUUUCAUCUCAAACGUGUGAUAAUGAGACCAGCUCCGUAAAAGCCGCACGCCAGAAGAAAAUGAGGCCACUUUCCAGCGAGGCUGGCCCGCAGCUCCGGUACGAUACCAGGUAA